AAAAAAAAAAAGCGUCGCAAAGGGUUUCUGUUCUCCUUCCUCAGAUCGAAGCGUUUGACCCAUUCUUCUCUUUCUUUAUAUGGUUUAUUUUUUUAGAGAGAGAAAGUGAUCCACAAAGAGAGAGAGAGAGAGAGGGAAGCGAAAUGAUUUUUUGAUAAUUACUUUAUAUAAUUAUUUGUCUUGAAAUGAGUGAUUGAAUGAGAACCCCGCCAUCUUUGCUCUCUCUCACAAUUGACUCGGCACUCUUUAAUAUCUCUAACAUCUCUGAUCUCUCUCCACUCCCUGAUCACAUCCUUCUCGACCUUUUCCUGAGAACUUUGAAAGCUGGAAAGCUUAACGAGAAAGUUCUCAAGUUGUUCUUGGCAACUGGCAAAGAUGAAGUCCUUGCACUAAUUCAGGCUCUUAAUAUCCGGCAGAAUCUCAUCCCUGUACUUCCUACAAGAUGCUCAGAAAAGUUCUGAAUUUAGUAGUGUUUGUGUGAGUGAACUUCCUAACUUUGUGAAGACAUACUAGCUGCCUUAAGGAGGGUCACGUUCUUUCUUUCUCACUUUAUAUUCUGAAACAUUUUCAAGAUGUCUCACUC